UUUGUCUUCCCCUGACAGUGAGAGGGCGUAUCCGCUUUGAGAAGGAGGCUGAGCGAGUACAGCGUGAGUGCAAGGAGUGGGAGGGCUGGUUGGAAACACGGGAUGAAAACAGUGGAGAGCCACGCCGCCCACUAAACAAGCCGAAGCGCGUACCAACAAUUUCGCAACCACCUCUUCUGCUGCUGCUGCUGGUGCCCUGCUUAAAUCUACAGAGGAGCGGUGGAGAGCAGACAUCCGCCGUCAUACAUCAGGCAGACAGAGGAACUAACAAAAGACAAAAUAAACACAGGAGUCCGACGACGCUGCGAUCCUUUUGGCCCUGAUUCAUUUGUGAUUUGAGCACCACGACUGAUCGGAAUAAGUUGGAAUCCGCUUCUGUCUGGAUGAAGGGCCAUGUUGCCCCCAAAGGGCCGUAAUAUCACUGUGAAGUCGUGAACGAAACCAGCUCUGCUUCCCCCCCUGCGUUUCUUCUAGAGCCAAUUAAAUUGUGUUUUCCCUCUUGUGAAAAUACCUUUUUUCCUGGAAAUGGAGACUCUUUCCCAGGAUUCGAUGCUCGAGUGUCAGAUCUGCUUUAACUACUACAGCCCCCGACGGCGACCCAAACUCCUGGAUUGCCGACACACAUGCUGUUCAGUGUGUUUGACCCAAAUGCGUAGCAGCCAGAAAGAGAUCCGCUGCCCAUGGUGUCGUGGCGUCACCAAGCUCCCCCCGGGCCUGUCCGUGUCUCACCUCCCGGAUGACCCAGACAUCAUCACCGUCAUCGCCAUCCCUCACACCUCUGAGCACACGCCUGUCUUUAUUCGCCUCCCCAGCAAUGGCUGCUACAUGCUUCCCAUCGCUAAAGACCGGGCACUGGGCCUGCCAGGGGAGCUGGGAUGUCGCUUCUUGCCCGGCAGCCAGCAGAAGGGGGUGACAGUGGUGACUGUGCCCGAGGAGCAGCCACUGGGUCUGGCUAUGGGUCUAGACGGUGUAGGUUUGGAGGGAAGUGAGGGAGAGAGGAGGGUUACUGGUCCAGUGGGAGGAGCAGGAAAGGGCUCCACAUGGUCUGGAGUGUGCACAGUGAUCCUGGUGGCGUGUGUGCUGCUCUUCCUCCUGGGCAUCGUGCUGCACAACAUGUCCUGCAUCUCCAAACGCUUCACUGUUAUUUCCUGCGGCUGAGGGAGGCCGCUGCCGACCCCCUCAGGAUUCCCUCCCACCAGCCCUGCCUCUCCUCAGGGUUGGGACUCUGUUAAGGAGAGGGAACGAAACUCACAUCGAGGGCAUUAAAGGAAACUACAGUGCAGUGUAGAGAGACAGUGAUGAUGAUGAUAAAGAAGAAGAGGGCAGGAAGGAGAGCCACAAAC